AUGGCCGGCGAUAAAAGCGAUUGGUGUCAAUAUUUUGUCAAUAGAUUUGUCGAUCGGGACAUGCUGAUGCGAUUUCAUUAUGGUCUAGGGGUCGGGCAUGUCUAUUCUCAUGAAGAGGCGCUUGGUCUUCCUUCCAAACCCACCAGUCUAGAUGAGGCCCCCUGCAAUGAACAGGUUGGUGGAAAUGAAUAUGAGCUGGAGGAUGGAUCGGAGGAUGAUCACACAGGUGUCGAAGAAGGAGAGUUAUUUGAUCAGGAGAAAAAUGAGAGUUCUGAGUCGGUUGUGGAGGACUUAGAUGAUAUGUUUGUUCAACACGAGUAUGACUAUAAACCCUGA